AUGAAGGUGGACUGGCUCCUGCGAUGGAAGGAAAGAAGUCAGCAGAACAAAGGGAGAGGCCUUGAAGGCUGUCAGGAAAAGACACAGCCUAUUUCAGUAUGCAGUGACAGUUGUCAUCCUGGUAAUUUCAAGAAAGUGAAGGAGGGGGAGCCAUUUUGUUGCUAUGAUUGCCUUCAAUGUCCACAAGGGAAGAUUUCAGAUGAGAAGGACAUGAAUGACUGCUAUAAAUGCCCAGAUGAAAAAUUUCCGAGCAAACCCCAGGAUUCAUGUAUUACUAAAGACAUCUCUUUCUUGUCUUAUGAAGAUCCCUUGGGACUCAGCUUAGCCAUUUUUGCUCUCUCUCUCUCUUUGAUCACAGCUCUGGUGUUGGGAACAUUUAUAAAGCACCGGAACACUCCCAUUGUGAAAGCAAACAACCGGAGCCUCACCUACACUCUCCUCGUCUCCCUUCUGCUCUGCUUCCUUUGUGCCUUGCUGUUCAUUGGCCAGCCUGAGGUGGGGACAUGCCUCCUCCGUCAAACUGCCUUUGGCAUCAUCUUUUCAGUGGCCAUUUCUUGCAUACUGGCAAAGACCAUCACCGUGGUGCUGGCUUUCAUGGCUACCAAACCAGGAAGCAGGAUGAGGAAAUGGAUGGGGAAACGACUGGCCAACUCCAUUGUUCUUUCCUGCUCCCUUGUCCAAGGAGGACUUUGUGCUGUGUGGCUAGUAACAUCUCCUCCAUUCCCAGAUGUUGACAUGUACUCAGUCACUGAAGAAAUAACACUAGAAUGUAAUGAAGGGUCUAUGGUUCUGUUUUACUGUGUGUUGGGAUAUCUGAGUUUCCUGGCCAUCAUUAGCUUCACUGUAGCCUUUCUAGCCAGGAAGCUGCCUGAUGCUUUCAAUGAAGCCAAGUUUAUCACCUUCAGCAUGUUGGUCUUUUGCAGUGUAUGGUUGUCCUUUGUUCCAACCUACUUGAGCUCAAAGGGGAAAUACAUGGUAGCUGUGGAGAUCUUUUCUAUCUUGGCCUCAAGUGCUGGGCUUCUGCUUUUAAUUUUUUCCCCUAAAUGCUAUAUUCUUUUGCUGCAUCCCAAUUUAAACAGCAGAGAAAGAUUAAUAAGGGGGAAAUAG